AUGUCUCAAUCUUCAUCCAAAAAUAUAAAAUCAAAAUUAGCCGCCACCAAUAUUAAGGACUCUGUCAAUAUACAGACUGCUCGCCUAAGCAAUAUACAGACUGCUAACCUAAACAAAGUCUCAACUUCAGUCAAUACGAAUCGCUUAGACGGAAACUUAGUCUCUACCAGCAUGGAUUCUUCUUCAUCAGCCAACUGGUCUCAGGUACCAAUAAGCAAUAGUGCUAAAAGAAACCUCUCCUCCUCUUCUUCUUCAGAUCAAAACUCGCCUAAAAUACAACAAAACAAUAAAAAAAUAUUUUUUACGUCUAAUCGAUUUGAAGUACUCUCACAAGACGAACCAGAGAAUACCGUUUUAUCAGAUUCUACUCAGCUGCCUCUUCCCGAGUCAAACCCAGAGGGGAACAUCAAUGUUGGUAUCAAGCCAGCCCUACCCCCACCAGUUUUUGUAAAAGGUGUAAUCAGUUUUCCAGCACUUUACUCAGAACUUAUUGAGCAAAUCGGUGUAGAUAAUUUCUCUUGUAAAUCCUCAACUGACCGCCUAAAAAUUAUGACAACUAAUCCAACUUCAUACAGAACACUGAUCCACUUCCUCAAAAAUUAAAAUGCUGAAUAUCACUUAUCAGCUCAAAGAAGACAAACCUACACCAGUUGUCAUUCGCAAUCUCCACCCGUCCACGUCCAAAUUACUUAUCCACUUAUCAAAUCCGAGCUUGAGCUGCGAUUAUUUGAAGUCCGUCAAGUAACAAGCGUAUUACAUAAAACCAAUAAACUCCCUCUAUUUUUUGUGGACCUUGAACCAACGAUCGAUUCAAACGAUAUCUAUAAGUUGACUUCUCCCAUCCACACGAAAAUAAAAGUUGAAGAACCUUAUAAAUCCAAAACUAUAAGUCAAUGUAUCAAUUGUCAAGAGUACGGACAUACUAAAUCCUACUGCGGCUAUCCAGCUCGCUGUGUCCGCUGCGGCUCAAACCACUCAUCUUCGGCCUGUCCAAACCCACGGGAUGCUACUCCAAGAUGUGCCCUCUGCUCCGAUAAUCACCCCUCUAACUACAAAGGCUGCUCUGUAUACAAGGAUCUUCAAAAUCGAAAUAAACCAAAAAAAAAACAAUUUUCUGUCGGAUAAUAUCAGUCAUAAAAAAAAUGUGUAGGUUAGUCACUCAGUGGUAAUCCCUGUUAAUCACCCCUUAGACGCGUCCCAAACCUACGCUCAAGUUACCUCUGGUUCUCACUCAAAUAACAAAGUCUCCCCUCCGAUAUCCGACAUAAACAAAUUCCUUGAUGAAUUUAAAUUACUUAUAAACCCACUAAUCUGUCUACUCACCCAAGUAAUUUCAAAACUCCUGGAAAAAAAUUAAUGUCUUCAUCCACAAGCAACUCUCUUCUUAUUCUUCUAUUUAAUUCAAAUGGUUUCAAAAAUCACUUAAACGAACUCCAAAUAGUGCUAUAGGAGAAACGUAUCGAUAACAUUUCACAAAAUAUUCUCACAUUCCUAUACCUGGUUAUCAGGAUAUACCUGGAGUUGAUAAUUCCUGAAAACUAAUCACCCAGAUAACACUGCUCGUGGUGGUGCUGCAAUAUAUAUAAAAUCUUCCCUAUCUUUCCAAGCCCUUCCAAACUACUGUCAGCCACACUUACAGUCUUGUGCUAUCCUACUGCACCUCAACAAUAUCCCUACAACUGUAGCAGUAAUUUACUCCCCUCCUAGACACAACAUUAUUAUUCAAAACUAUAUACAAUACUUUAGCACUCUUAGCCAAAAUUGUAUUAUUGGCGGUGACUAUAAUGCUAAGCAUCUCAGCUGGGGCUGUCGCACAAACAACCCAAGAGGUAUGGUUCUCUAAAAUUGUAUUAAUCUUAAGAACUACACAAUCCUUGCGCCCCCUGGGCCAACAUAUUGGCUCAUCUCUCUACGCAAAAAACCAGAUAUAAUUGACAUCUUCGAAUCCAACAUUCCUUAUAACCUAUUCUGCUCUACUACAAAUCUCUUAGAACCCUGCUCGGAUCACUCAGCAGUUCUCUUGACUAUCAGUGUCAAUCCUCCUAUCCGGCCUUCCUUACUCAAACUUUUUCAUCAUUCCACGGACAGGCUUAAAUUUCAUAAUUUGGUAGAUCAAAACGUAAAACUCCAAGUUAGUCUCAAAUCUCCUCAAGAAAUUGACACAGUUAUUAACAACCUAACAAAUAUAAUUCAAUCUGCAGCAUGGGCAUCUGGUCCCACAAAUACUCAGUUUCAAAACGUCGCUCCUUCAGUUCCUAAACAUAUACGUAUCCUCAUUUCCAACAAGCGUAGAGCAAGGGCCUUAUAUCAACGUUCACGCCUCUCAUCACACAAACACAUCUAAUCUUUCUAACUCAUUAAAAAAAACUAUUCAUUACAAACUAUCUCACUAAUUUAACACUUAAAAAUGGCAGUCUCUGGUCAGCUACUAAAAGACUUCUAAAAUACAAACCUCCUCUGGUUCCCAUAAAAAAUCCCCACGGCGGGUUCGCAUCUACAGAUGCUGUAAAAGCCCAACUGUUUAAAGAUCACCUAACGGAAAUUUUCACUCCUCACCCAGAUAUACAUAUACCUUUACAUACUGACACAGUUAAACGUUUUCUGGACGUCCCCCUUCCGAUGUUUCCCGCAGUUAAGCAUUUUUCUCCCAGCGACGUAAAAUUUACAAUCCAAAAAUACAGCCUCAAAAAAUCUCCGGGGUUUGAUCUGAUAACUGCAGAUGUGGCCAGAUGUCUCCCUAAAAUAGCCAUUGUCCUCCUCAAAAUUAUAUUCAAUGCGUGUUUAAGACUAUCCUACUUCCCCACGUUUUGGAAAUUCUCUAUCACUAUCCUAGUUCCUAAACCAAAUAAGCCUCCGGAGUUAUCCUCCUUCUUUCGACCAAUAAGCCUUCUCCCGUUCUUCAGUAAAAUUCUUGAAAGAUUAAUUCUUAAAAGAAUUCUUCCAUACAUCUCUACCAGCUCCGUUUUACCAGACACUCAAUUCGGCUUUCGCUCUGCUCAUUCCACUAUUCACCAACUCCAUAGACUGGUCGAUGCUAUUUCGUUCUCCCUUGAAAAAAAAAGUUAUUGCUCCUGCGUCUUCUUGGAUAUAUCUGAAGCAUUUUAUAGGGUAUGGCACGAUGGACUGUUAUAUAAAAUAAAGCCCAUAUUCCAUCCAACCUAUUACCUGUUAAUCAAAUCCUACCUAACGGAUCGUUACUUUCAGGUCAGAGUUGGUGCAUCCUUUUCGGGCAUAGGAAAAAUCAACUCAGGCGUUCCACAGGGGGGUAUUCUCUCUCCUACCUUGUUCAACAUUUACAUAGCUGACCAACCCACCUCUCCGCACACAACUGUUGCGGAAUUUGCUGACGACAAGGCUAUUAUCUCAAUCCAUGAAAACCCUCUCAUAGCUUCCCAAUACCUUCAAAUCCAUCUAGACCUCAUGUCUGACUGA